GCAUUGCGUUCCUGAUCGCCGCGAUCACGCUGCAGGCAGUACAAGUGGCGUCUUCGAAGCAAACCUGAUCGAGUUCGUCCGACGUCAACUCUGAGUCUGCAGUAGGCGAAUGGUCAAUAGUCGAUCAUGGAUCGAGCUCAGAUGCCCACAAUCGCCAGGCCGAUCGAGUACCUCCUCUCGGGCAUAUCGUCAACCUCGGCCAUCAUCACCCGCUUCAUCCGUUCCGUGCGCGUUGCCCAUGCUGACCUUGCUGCCGUCACUCGUGAUUUAUCCGACCUGCGGUUGAUCUUGGAGCUGCUGAGAGACGAGCCUGGCAUACCGUUAGUGCUUCAGGCGCAGAUGCUGCUAGUGCUCGAGAGCUGCGGGAAUACGUUGAUACACAUCGACACCAUCCUCGCGAGAUGCUCCGAACCCACAAGAUGGAUCGAUCUCGGCAGGGUCGAGAUCUUGAGCUGCCGGUCCAACCUGACCAGGUUCCGAGAAGCGCUCACCUUGGCCCUCGACGUGGCGAGCUUAGCGGCUUGGCCGGACGGUAACCUAGCGGAUGCCGACGCAAUUAGAGACAAGAUCAACUCCGAAGUGCAGCGUCUCCAUGCCGAACCGUCACCCACACAACCUAGCUACCACGAUACCAAAGUAGUGAUAUCCCCGUACCUCGACGUCAUAUCAGAUUGCAUACAAUCUCCAGUCGGUCUCACAAACCGUAGUAGCCAAGACAGCGGAACCAAGAUAAUAACUCUCGCCGACGAGAAGGGGAACUUUGAACCUGGGACACAAACCACCCACAUCAACCACGAUGUACGCAACUCGGGCGGCAGCUGGAGAACACAUGACGAUACUGGUUUAUCCUGGUCCCAACCAAACAACGGCACCCUGUUAUCGUACUACACUGAGGAGCCUUCGUCAUUGAGCCCUUUGCAGGAGGAUCGGAACGCAUCACCAGGCCUCCCGGAAUCGCCCACAUUGCCAGGAAGGGAAGGGCGCCCUUUGCCGAUUCCUCAGAGGUCUCUCCCACCACCACUAACCCAGCCAGGUUGGAAGCACGGUGGUUCAGUCUCCAUGAGAUCGGAACCACCAAUGUCCCCUGGGAAUAUGGAGUUGGAGUCUCCUACAAGUACUUACUCGCAAGACCGACCCCAAGACGCAAAAGAGGGAUACUUUCAUCAGGACGGCCGUGUAAGAUCCUUUGCCUCCCGUGGCUCGGGAGGAAGUAGCAGUGGCUCUAUCCCUCGUGCUUCGUUCAACAUGACUCCGGUAUCCGAGUACCGAUCUGGUUCGAUCAGUCCUGGGUUUGAACCGCUGAGCGCGUCUGCUCCCAUUGCUCCAUCGCCGUUCCCAUCGUCACCGCCACCUGAAUACCGCCGGACCUGGAUCAACGCCCCCACCUCCGCGGGCCAGUUCAUUGUGCCAGCUCCAGCAAGGCCGAAUCCGAAUCAACCGGGCAUUACGGUCACUCCCAAACGGCACCUCACAGACAAAAGCAGAGGUUCUGAGGUACUCCACAUCGACACCUCGCCGACUUCAAGUUAUGUGGCCACGAAACACAGCAACAAGCUCGUCAAGAUAUGGUCCAUCUCCAAGAACGCACUACAUGGGACGAUCAAGAUCACAUCAUAUGUGCAACCCCGAGUGCGGUCCCGCGAGUACUUCAUCCGCAGCCACGCCAUUCUAUCCGAGAACGCCACUCUUAUCGGGAUCACCACCCACUUCGGGCUCACGCUUGAGAUUUGGAACUUUGCGAAGGGCGGGAGCGGCGCCAAGAAGAUACAAGUCAUUGAUGAAGCGCACCGGUGGGCAGCGAGUCAACGGGAUGCUUUCCACAAUGACUACGCCGGACUGGCCGUUUACCGUCCCAAGUACGACCGCAUCGACCGCUUCUUUCUCUCCCGUCUCCCGAAUACAAAAACCCCUUUCCGCGUGGAUCCCAACCACUCCAUCGAGCUCCUCAAGUCCAACCUGCCCUUCGUCCCCAAAUUCCCGGAGCUCGCCUACAGCUCUGACUCACCCAUCCUCAUCGCCGCCGCCGGUCCCCGGCCGGGCGACCCUCCCCGUCCCAACUCCACCAUCCUCAUCGCCUGGCACAUGAAGCCCGUCUCCGACAACAAGCUCCACGCUCAAACCCCGGAACAAUCCUACAGCUCCCUCCCCGACGAGGAACGACACAAGCCCUACCGCGUCUGCGUACCGGGCUACCCAGCCCUACAGUCCGCCCUACCCGCCAGCCUGGCCUCGCACGGCAGCACCGCCGUCUCAAUCUGGAUCCCCGCCUCCACCGGCGACACCACCACCCCGCUCACCAGUCCCAGCAGCACCACCACCCCCACCGUCCCCCGCUCCUCCACCUUCCCCUUCACCACCCCCAAACCCAAACCACCCCACCCCCAUCCAGACCCCAGCAGCAGCACCCCCGCCCCCGACCGCCUCGUCCUAACCUGGGACCUCCCCACCAACUCCACCCGCCUCUUCACCAUCCCCGCGGGCGCCCAAGCCGCCAUAUCCUCCGACUGCGCGCGCGUCGCCUACUGCGACGCCUCCGGCGGCGUGUUCGGCAUCAUCGACGUGGCCAGCGCGGCCGAGGUGUGGCGGUGGCCCGACGCGGCGCGGUCCGCCGGGUUCGCGUCGUUCGGGCAGCUGGAGGGCGGGUUAAGGGGUGUGACGGUGUUUGAGUUUUCUGCUGAUGGAAAACUGUUGGUGGUUGGGGAUGCGGUGGGGGGCGUGGGGGUGUAUGAGGUUGGGGACGUUGUCGGGGUGGGUGGGGAGGAGAGGUUUGAGUUGGGGGUGGGGAGCGAGGUGGCGUGGGUGGAUGUGGUGGAUGAGGAGAUUGGGAGGGUGAGGGCGAGGAGGGGGUUGGGGGGGUGA